CACGUAUUCGCGCGUAGCAGAUCUGGAAGUGUGUUGUUCGGGCGCCAGGCGGGCAGCAGGAGUUGGCCACAUGUGGAUGAAAGGAAAACACGAAGUUGGUCCUGAAUUUCAGCUGAAUAGCUAACGAUGAAGAAAGAAAUAGCCGCGGUGGUGUUUUUCUUGAAGCGGUUGAUAAAGAAGGCUGAGAAGUUGGAAGCAGACAAGUUGGAUCUGUUUGUGGAGCGGUUAACUGUAGCACUACAGGAGAAGUACAAGGGUCAUUGGUAUCCAGACAACCCCAGCAAGGGCCAAGCAUUCAGGUGCAUCAGAGUGAACCGCUUACAUAAAGAGGAUGCUGAAUUGCUCAGAGCAUGUGCUGAGAGUGGAGUCCAGUAUAAAGACCUUGGCGUGCCUAAGGAACUCACGCUUUGGGUCGACCCUGGAGAGGUGUGCUGUAGGUAUGGCGAGAGGAAUCAUGGUUUCACUGUGGCCACCUUCUCGAGUGAUUACGAUGAUGAUAAAGAGGAUGUGACAAAGAAAGUGACGAGCGCUGUGGAGAGGGUAACGUCGGAUUACCACUCCGGAUCUUCCUCGGAUGAGGACACCACCUGCAGAGAGCUCCAGUACAACCCACCUCUCUACAACCACUCUCCAUACCAGCUUGUAUAUGCCAGUGCCCCAGAAUGGAAUCCCCUACCAAGAAAGAAAUUCGGCCUAGGGAAAGGGCAUUACCCUCAGCGGCCACACUACAUGAUCCGCCCCCCUUGCAGACCCAACCAUUCCUUUAAACCGCACAGCUGGGUCCAACAGGGUUACCGCAGCAAGCAUGGCUACUGGGGCAGCCCUUCCAACUUUGUACAUCAGCUUCAGUGACCACUGUUACUACAGUAUGUUAGUUCAUCGGUGUCAAUGUGAGGGAUGUUCCAUUUAAAAGUGUUUUUUGAAGUUACCACUAAGAUGACUGACCAAAUUUUAUUAAGUGUAUUUUUGUAGUUCUGUCACUGUUUUUUGAAUUUGUGACUGGUCUAUUUUUUAAAGAAAGAUAACUGUAACUGUUUGCACUUUAGAUUAUUUGUAAUAAAACUUGUAUAAGGUAAACUUCGCA